AUGUUCGUUUCAAUACCUUCUUCAGGUGUGACGGUACAGAGGAGCCGUUCUCAUAAUACUGUAAACAGCUCGGAAAGUAGUAAUGGUACCAUGUCCACCAUGUUACCGAGCAUAACAGAAACUGUUACUUACAACGGUACCACAAAUAAUAGUUUUAUCACUGCACCAGUAGAAUAUACUGAUCGUGCUCGUUCAGAGAUUAAGAAGAGGCUGCUCCCGAACACUCUGACGCCAAUAUCAUCAUUUCAUGACAACCAUACAUUAUAUUCCACAACAACGUCAUCAUCUGCAUCCUCCUAUCAAACGAGUAUAUUCUCAGCUCCAACUUCCAUUGUGGGUACGAUCAAACCAGUCACAGAAGUGACGUUGGAAGAGGCAAUUCCAAAAACGUUCAAUGAUAUGUAUACAUCAGAAACGCUGUUAAGUUCACCUCUAUUGAGCAAUGGACGCCCCAAUUUUACAAAAAGAGAAUUAUUAUAUUGGGAACUUAACGAUAUACGGUCUCUGUUAAUUAUAGAGAAAUUAAGACCAGAAUGGGGGAACACAUUACCGGUUGUUUUAACACCAAAUGCAUCAUUAUAUUUCAGAUUUCAACUACUUCCGUUGUGCUGCCCUGAUGAAGUUAUUGUGUCUACAUUGGUGGGAUCCGAGCUUUAUACGGAGGCCAAUUUAGAUAUGGAAUUUAAACUAAGUAGUGCAAGAUACAUCGUUACUAAUGCAAGAAGAAGACAUUGCAUGUUGAAUGGUGGACAUGUAGAGAAUAUAAUGACGUUGAGUAAACCAGAGUGGAGAAAUAUAAUCGAAAAUUAUCUACUAAAUCUUGCAGUGGAGGCUCAAUGUCGAUACGAUUUUAAGAUACGGUGUAGUGAAUACAAGAAAUGGAAAGCUGAAAAUUCGCAGAAGGGGAUAGUAAAGCCAGAGAUGCCACCACCAAAGAUGAUUCCUAAUCCUAAGACUAGUCUACUGAAAAAGACACUAUUGAAAAACUUCCAAUCAAAGAAGAAGCCCUCUAAAGAUGAACUAGAAGUAGAAGAAGCAUCAGAAAGUUUCAAGCACGGGAAGGUUACACUAACGAAAGACGAGAAGUUGUUAAUUUGGACACAAUGUCAACUACAGGUAUACCAAAGAGUUGGACUCGAUUGGAAACCGGAUAAUAUCGCAAAUAACAAUCAUACCCAUAAUGCAUAA